AUGGCUUAUUCUUUAUUUUAUAAGUUGUCAGUUUGGUCCAAUGGCAUUUUGUUGGAGUAUAUCGAUGGGGACAAGAAAACUGAAAGUGCUUUUCAUCCAAUUAAUUCCUUGCAUUAUUGUGCUGCUGUACGCUAUGUAAAUGUCACUGGUUAUGCUAUAGAAGGGGGAGGCGAACGAUUUUUACCGCUCGAUUCACCAUUUGCUAGUAGUGACAACUCUCGUCAUCCACCAAUUUUCGCUGCUAUUUUUCGACGCACAACUGGUAUAAAGGUACUUGAAUGUCAUGCAUUUAUCUGCACAAAUAGCAAGGCAGCCAAUGCACUUGUUCGUUGUUGCUUCCAUUCAUAUGCCGAAUCGAUGUAUGUUAAGUUGGAAGAACGUAUUCCUGGACUAAAGGCUAUCAAGGAAAGCAGUAGAAGCGUAAGCCCUCAUAGCGAGCGCCCUUCCAGUGUCGCUGAUAUAUUGCCCGUCGAAGAAGACAAGGAACAGCGCUGGGCAGAAAGAGCAAUCGGCAAAGAAGCAUGGGAGCGAAGGCAGCAGUCUGGCGAAUAUGAUUCUGCAAGUAUUUCAUCAUCAGUUGCCAAUCGUUUUACGCAUCGAAAAAGCGAUCGAGAUCAUCAUCAAGGCUCGUCAUUGCAUUCACCAUUACUUAUUUUCAAAAAUCUGUCAACAAUCAGGUUAUGUCGGCUGGAUUCGCUUAGAAUGAAGACAUGUUGGUCUAAUGAUAGUUCUUAUAAUCUUAGAGCAACAGUUCCAGCAAGAUUUUCCCGCGAUACUGCAUUGGUUCCAUACAGUGGCUCCGAAAUACUUGGUAGAAGAGCCGGCAGCGAUAUUGAUGUCACAUACGGUGAUCAGUCGAUUCCAGGAUUUUAUCCUGGUGUGCCGCCACAUAUACGUGGAUCAAUGCCUCCACCGUCUGCUAUGAUGGGUCCAGCGCAUAUGAUGAUGCGACCACCAAUUUUCUUACCGUUUCCUCCUCCUCAUAUGAUGCCACCUCCUCCACCACUACACAUACUGCCACCAUUUUUCGGAAUAUCACCGAGAUUCCCUCCUGGUAUAUAUCCACCACCCAUGGGAUUAUUGCAUCCACGAUUCAUGCCACCUUAUGGGUCGAUGCCACCACAUUUGGGUCGGCCACAAAGUCCUAAUGAAGGCCCAAUAAUCACUGGUCCAGAAUCAGUCUAUGGAACACUCCCAAGACGUUCUGCAUUCGAAGAGCCAAUUUAUAUGCCCGGAAAUGCUCCUUAUACGCCUCCUCAAGCAAGUUAUCAGCCCGGUAGUUAUCCAGCUGAUCAAUAUGACGCCUAUUAUGACACCUAUAAGAAACAGCGUUCACCACAGUAUGCCAAAGAAAAAAAUUACGAAUAG